ACAAUCGUCUGCGAAAUCGGAGAAAAUUUAAGAAAAUUUCGUUUUUUGUGUUAUUCAAGGACAAUUCACGUGCAAUAAAUUACCUGUUAAAGUCUUUAAAAGAUAUUUUAUCCGAAAAUCUACAAGAAUUUGGUUCAAAACCACUAAAAUUUUGUCAAAAACUCGAAUAUCGCUCCGUGACUCAUCACUUCUUUGUUAAAUCCAAUUAAAAAAUGUUCCGUUCGGACUUUGAUAAGGCUGUGGAAAAUGCCACAAGUCACUUGCAUUUGGAGCCCGAUUGGUCUUCGAUGAUGAUUUUGUGCGAUUUAAUUCGUCAGAACGAAGCUACGCCCAAAUAUGCCUUGGCAGCGUUGAAGAAAAAGAUGCAAUCGACGAAUCCGCAUACGGCUUAUUACGCCUUGUUGUCGCUCGAGAGUAUCGUCAAAAAUUGCGGACCUCCCGUGCACGAAGAAAUCAGCACGAAAGCGAGUUGCGAGAUGUUCACGAAUCUAAUUGAGACAACACCGCACGAAAAUGUCAAGAAUAAAAUGCUGGAAUUGAUUCAGACGUGGGCUCAUGCCUUCCGUUCGAACCACAAAUAUCGCGCCAUCAGAGACACCAUGAACAUUCUCAAGUGCGACGGGCACAAAUUCCCGGAAUUGAAAGAAGCUGACGCAAUGUUUGCAUCUGACGUCGCUCCCGAAUGGGCUGAUGGCGAGUGUUGUCAUCGUUGUCGCGUCGCUUUCGGGGUUUUGCAACGAAAACAUCAUUGUCGCAAUUGCGGGCAAGUUUUUUGUCAUCAAUGUUCCUCGAAGACGAGCACUUUGCCGAAAUACGGCUUCGAAAAGGAGGUUCGUGUGUGCGAAGGAUGUUACAUUGCACUUCAACGAGGCACUUUUGCACCGACAACCGCAAGCAAAUCGACGAAAGAUGACUCUUCGUUGCCCGAGGAGUACUUGAAAAGUAGUUUGGCGCAACAAAGUCAAGCUCCGCCAACGCGCACGGAGCAAGAAAUCCAAGAAGAGGAAGAAUUACAACUUGCUUUGGCUUUGAGUCAAUCAGAAGCGGAGGAAAAAGCAAAAUUAAAUGCGAAAUUUCAAGCGCAAUAUUCUGUUCCUCGUUCUUAUACGGCGCCAAGACCUCCGAGUCCCGAACCUGCGAUGCGAAGCCCAAGUCCUAAUGAUGAAAUUGAGAAAAAUCCCGAAUUGGCGAAAUAUUUAAAUCGUGACUAUUGGGAAUCGAAGCAGAAAGACUCUCCGUUGAGCCCUACAGCGCCAAGCCCGAUGUCGAGCAUCACAAGCAGCAUCCCGUUAAUGAUGAAAAAUCCCGCUGACGAUCCCGAACUCGAUGAAUUCACGUCGUUGAUGCGGUCUCAACUCGACAUUUUUGUCAAUCGCAUGAAAUCGAGUUCAGCUCGCGGGCGAAAUAUCAGCAACGAUACUUCGAUUCAAGCACUUUUCUUAAAUAUCUCAACCUUGCAUUCCAAAUUGUUGACCUACAUCAAGGAGAUGGAUGACAAACGAAUGUGGUACGAAUCGCUUCAAGAUAAAAUUGGUCAAAUUAAGGAUUCGCGAGCGGCGUUGGAUGUCUUGCGACAAGAACAUCAAGAAAAGUUGCGUCGUAUUGCCGAAGAGCAAGAACGUCAACGUCAGAUCCAAAUGGCGCAUAAAUUGGAAAUUAUGCGGAAAAAGAAGCAGGAAUAUUUGCAAUAUCAGCGUCAAUUGGCAUUGCAGCGGAUUCAGGAUCAAGAACGUGAGAUGCAAAUGCGGAUGGAGCAACAAAAAGCGCAUUAUCGCAUGGGAGGACAACCGUUUGCGCAGCAAUUUGGUCCCGCGAUGCCGCCAGGAGCGACUCAACCGCCAAUGAUGACGAUGCCUCCGGGUGGUCCAAUGCCUGGAGGAUACGGAAAUUAUGGAUAUCCGCCACAAAUGCCUCAAGCGCAGAUGAAUCCGCAACAGCAGCAACCCCAAAUGAUGGUUAAUAGUCCUCCGCAGAUGCCGGGACAAAUGCCACAGCAACAAUUGAAUCCGGGACAAAUGCCACAGCAACAAAUUAAUCCAGGAGUUCCGCAGCAACAAAUUAAUCCAGGAGUUCCGCCGCAACAACCGCAAGCUGGAGCUAUGGGUAUGAUGCCUCCCCAAAUGAUCCCCGGUCCAGGUCAAAAUCAUCCGCCGCAAGGAUUAGCAGGUCAACAACCUUCUCAGAUGCCUCCGCAAAUGAUGCAGCAACAACCGCAGCCUCCUCCAAUGGCCAUGCCUGAGCAACAACAAGUUCAAGCGCCUCCAAUUCAACAACCCCAAAUGCAACCUCCCGUUCAAGUCGUUGAAAAACCUGCUGAACCAGAGCCAUCCAUUGGAGAGUUGAUCAGCUUUGACUAAAAAAAAGCGAAAUUCUAUAAAAUAUUUUUAAAAAUCUAUCAAUAUCCCUCAAACAUUCGAUGUAUCUAAAAAUAUAUUUACCAAUAAUCGUUCAA